AUUCCUACUGUCAGGGUAAUAUUUUUGUUACCAUCAGCAAGUGCUUCCCAAGUGGCAUCAAGUUGGUCUACCACUGCUUUGCGCUGUUUUAAUCUCUUGGGGUCUCCUUGAAGUGUUCCCGACAUGGCUACCAAAGUCAUGCCUUUAUAUCAGGAGAAGCAUGUGACCCAAAUCAGCAAUGAUUAUCGCAGUAUUCACUCUAAGCAUGUUGUCAAGGAGCACACCUCAAGGAAAUCAAACUUUAAAUCAGUGAACCAGGUGCAGGCCAAGGCCACAGAGGCUAUGGCAGAACCAGCCUAUACGAUACCGGUGUUCCGGCAAAGAAACGCUGAUGAGGUAGACGAGUACCAGCGUGUGUCGAGCCAUGUUGGGAAAGGGCUUGCUGCCAUCCAGCAGGAACUCCACAGGAUGAGAGUGGCAACUAAGACUCAAGUGGAGAACAUUGCUAUAAAGAAUGAGGUUAAGUUAAUGAUGACUAAAACGGUUGAGUUGUGUGAAGAGGCUCACAAGCUCCCAGAUUUUCUGGUGCCACUGAGGCCCCAUACUGUUUGGGAGAAAACCCCUGUCAAGCUGUUCUGUACUGUACAGGGUCACCCCAGGCCUUUUGUCAAAUGGUACAAAGGGGGCGUACUUGUCGACCCACUGAGCGCCCCAGGAAAGUACAAGAUUGAGAGCAAGUAUGGAGUGCACAGUCUCAUAAUUAGCAGGUGUGUGGUGAGUGAUACUGCAGAGUACAAUGCUGUGGCAACUAACCAUCAUGGCUCAGCCACUAGCAAAGCAACUGUCACUGUCAAAAGACCAGGAGGAGGUGCUGUGGAGAACUCUCAGCUUUCUGAUCAAGUGCCCCACUUGACAGUGAUCCACCCCAGUAAGCUGGAUAUCACCCUGAUGGACAUGUUUGGAGUGACGUUCGGAGUGGAAGGUGGCUCUGUCAGCCUUGUAUGUACAAUGGUAGUGGUCCCAGAUCUACCAAAUUUGCCACCACUUGCCGAGUGGUACCGAGAUGAUAAACUACUGAAGUCAGGGAAGUUGGCAGAGAUGAAGAUAGGUGGGGGUGUGGCUAGCCUUACUCUUCCCCACCUUGCCAAGGAUGAUGAGGGUCUCUAUACCCUACGCAUGUGGACAAAGGAUGGCACCGCAGAACAUAGUGCCUACCUGUUUGUCAGAGACGCUGCUCCGUCUGUAGCUGGUGUGCCUGGUGCACCAAUGAGUGUGAAAGCAUUUGACAUCAGCAUGGAUUAUGUCCUGGUUGCUUGGAAACCCCCCAACACCACCAGUGAGCCGGCCAUCACCGGAUACUUCGUAGACAAAUGUGAAGCUGGCAGUGACUCCUGGGUUCAGUGUAAUGAUGCCCCAGUGAAGAUUUGUAAAUACCCUGUGCACGGCCUGAGUGUUGGCCACGUCUACCACUUCCGAGUCAGGGCUGUGAACAGCGCAGGGAUCAGCAGGCCCUCUCGCAAGUCAGACAAAGUGACCGCCCUUGACCCAGCUGAGAGUGAUAGACUGCAAGUGAUUAAGCUGGAUGGAAAACAUGAGGUUGUUAUCAAAGCGGAUGACCUGGAAGGUCAUGUAACUAUACCAGGGGAGCCCACAGAUGUGCAUGCCUCUGAGAUAUUUAAAUCCUAUAUCGUGCUGAGCUGGAAACCUCCCAGUCCUCGUGGACGGGCACCGCUGUGGUACCUAAUUGAAAAGUCCAUAGCAGGCACUGACAGUUGGCAGAGAAUCAACACAGCAGUCAAACUGCAGUCCCCUCGCUACCCUGUUUUCGAUUUGGAAGAUGGGAAAAAGUACCAGUUCCGUGUCUAUUCAGUCAACCUGUAUGGCUCCAGUGAGGCCUCUGAGCUUACCGAUCCAAUCCAGAAGGUGGAUAAGCAUGGCGUUCCAUCUGCCCCUGGUCAGGUUGUGGCAACCAGGAACACUAAGUCCUCAGUGUUUGUCCAGUGGGAUCCUCCAAAACACCCCAAUAAACUCAUGGGCUUCUACAUUGAUGCCUGCAUUGUUGGAUCAAAGCAAUGGGCCCCUUGCAACCAUAAGCCUUACAAGCAUACCAGGUUUGUGGUCCAUGGACUGAUCCCUGGAGAGACCUAUGUGUUUCGUGUCCAGGCUGUCAAUGUCUAUGGUCUCAGUGAUGAGUCACAGGAGUCUACACCUAUUACUGUGGAGCCUGCCCUUACUACCCCUGGACCACCAUUUGGCAUAACUAUGUUGAACUGUGAUGGGUCUUCCAUGACCCUGGCCUGGAAAAGCCCUAAGCACACUGGUGGCUCCAAGAUCAAUGCUUAUUACCUUGACAAGCGUAAUGCUGACACCCUGGCAUGGAAGGAGGUCAAUGCAAGCGCCACCAAAGAGAGGAUCUAUACAGUUGAGAAUCUGACUGCAGGAAUCUUCUACGAGUUUAAGAUCCAAGCAGGAAAUCUGGCUGGUGUAGGGAUCCCCUCUGCUCCCAGUUCCCCCCUCAAAUGUGAGGCUUGGACCAUGGCAGAACCAGGCCCACCCUAUGACCUCAGCUUCAGUGAGGUCAGGGGUGACUCUUUGGUCAUCCUGUGGAAAGCCUCAGUCUACACUGGGGCCAGUGCUGUUACUGGCUACUUUGUUGAUAGGGCCAAGAAAGGCUCCUCAGACUUUGUCACCCUGAAUGAAGAGGCUGUUAGCCAUCGUUAUCUGCAGGUAACUGGUCUGGAGGAAGGUGAAUUGUAUGUGUUCAAGGUACGUGCGGUCAAUGCGGAAGGGAUAGGAAAAUCCUCUCAGCCAUCUGAGCCAGUGUGUGCCAAGGCCUUGCCAGGUACCAAGGAGAUCUGUUGUUCAGUGGAUGAAGAUACUGGAGACAUCUUUCUGUCUUUUGAUGCUUGCGAGAUAAGCGAGACCUCCAAGUUUGUGUGGUCCAAGAACUACAAAGUAAUUGGUGACUCUACAAAGGUGUCUAUAGCAACUGAUGGCAGACGCUCCAAGCUUACUUUCAAGAGCCCUAAUAAAGAGGAUUUGGGCAGCUAUUCGGUUGUUGUGACUGAUACUGAUGGGGUUUCAGCCAGCCACACAUUGUCGGAAGAAGCUCUGAACAGCAUGCUAGAACUCAGCUAUGCUAUCAGACAUCCAAUUGUUCCACUAAAACAUGGUCUGAACUAUGAGAUUCUGGAGAAAGGUCAUGUGCGUUUCUGGCUGCAGGCUCUGAAGUUGUCCCCAGCUGUUUCCUACAGGUUCAUUGUUAACGACAAGGAGGUUACUAGCAGUGAGAGUCAGAAGAUCAGCCAUGAUGUGGCUUCCGGGGUGAUCCAAAUGACCGUGGAUCACUUCACCAAGGCCAAUGAGGGCACCUACACUGUCCAGAUCCAUGAUGGAAAGGCCAAGAAUCAGACCUCCUUGGUGCUAGUGGGAGAUGUGUUCAAAUCAGCUUUAAAGGAGGCUGAGUUCCAGAGGAAAGAGCACAUCAGGAAACAAGGUCCAAAUUUUGGAGAAUACCUUUCUUUCUAUGUUGAGGAGGACUGUACUGUAAUGCUUGUCUGCAAGGUUGCCAAUGUAAAGAAAGAGACAGCUUUCCACUGGUUCAAGGAUGACGAAGAGAUUGUUCUGGAUGUUGCGCCCAAUGUGAUGUCUGGAUCAUGUGCUCUUCCUAUCCCCAUGUUCUCCAGGAAAGACCAGGGCAUUUACAAAGCUACACUCAGCGAUGAUAGAGGAAAGGAUGCAUCUCUUUUUGACAUUUCUGGCCAAGUCUUUGAUGCUAUUAUCAACGCCAUUGCCCACAUUGCUGGGUCAUCUGCAUCUGAUCUGGUCCUCCAGUGUACUCCUGAGGGCAUCAGACUGCAGUGCUAUAUGAAGUACUACACAGAGGAGAUAAAGGCUAGCUGGUUCCACAGAGAAAGCAAGAUUGCUUCUUCUGAGAAGAUGAGAAUUGGUGGCACUGCUGAGAUGGCUUGGAUGCAAAUCUGUGAUCCUACAGACAAAGAGAAGGGCCAGUACUCCAUUGAGAUCUUGGAUUCUACAACCUCCCACACUCGUAGUUUUGACCUUUCCGGACAAGCUUACACUGAUGCAUUUGAGGAGUACCAGAGACUGAAGGCUGCAGCAUUUGCUGAGAAGAACCGUGGUAGAGUUGUUGGUGGUCUGCCUGAUGUUGUCACUAUCAUGGAGAAGAAGACCCUGAGUCUGACCUGCACAGUCUGGGGAGACCCCACUCCAGAGGUCACAUGGUUCAAGAAUGAGCAGGAGGUUGCCUCCAGUGAGCACACCAAGAUAGCAUUUGAAGCUGGUAAGUUCUCAAGCCUCACCAUCAAUGCAGUCACAUCUGAGGACUCCGGCAAAUACAGCAUCAACGUUCGGAACAAAUAUGGCGGCGAGUUUGUGGAGAUCACAGUGAGUGUCUACAAGCAAGGAGAAGACAUCCCAGAGCCAAAACUGGGGCAGAUGUCCAGAGGAGGAGCCGCACCUGUGGCAGCAAAGUCCCCUGCUCCCCCACCCAAAACCCCUACCCCCACCCCUCCUCCAUCUGUUAAAUCCCCAACCCCAGCAGCUUCCAUAAAGUCUCCAACCCCAACCCCAAAGUCCCCAACACCCCCACGCAGUGUUAAAUCCCCCACUCCACCCAGAGCUAUGAAAUCUCCAACUCCCCCAAGAAAGUAAAAAAGGGAUCAUAAUUCCUGAGAAAGAUUAAGGCUUUAGUGGUUCUUAUUUAUAGCAUGAGUGUGAAACCAAGAGCCAUUACUUGAAGGUAUAAAUACAUGUCUAUUUUAGCCAUAGUAUGCCAAGUGGUCUCACAGUCUCAACAGUCCAGAAAAACUGACAAAGACCAGAGUAGAGGCCAUGUUAAUCAUCAGUGUUUCAAGUUUGCACCUUCCUCUAUAAAGCAUAGUGGAAUGCCAGCGGAUGAAUUGUCAUUGAGUGCCAACUGUGUGCUGUUAUCACAAAAGGCAGACAUAGGACCUGUUCAUCCACAAUCAUUAUGCCAAAAAGACUAUGACUGUGUUCCCCCACAAUAUCAAUACUCUGUGUUAAUAAUAAAAUAUAUCUAUCACCUUC